UGUGUCAGCGGUUAGGCUCUAAUGGGUUUGUCAGUGGCAUUGUGCUGCUACAUUACAAAUGGCUGCCUUAAUGAACCUUCCCAAACAGACAACUAGCUAGAGGUCUACACUUCAACAUUGUCAAGAUGAGGUUUCAAAUGGUUUUCUUUACUUCAUCCAUCUGCUUUGGUGUCAUUUCAUCGUCUCCCUCCAUGUCCAACCCUUCGCCUCCGCCCUCAGACUUGAAGAGGAGAAAGACAGGCUGUUUAAAAAUGAGUAACUGUAGAUGCAUCAUGAAGGAUGGCUCAGGGGUGAUAAACCUGGCAGCCAUGGCGGAUUCAGACGGAUUCUUGGGACACCUAAAGCCUGUGCCAUCGGAGAACGCACCACCAAAUGCAGAAAUCCUUCUCUCCUUCAGCCCCUGUCAGCCGUUCUCUGAGCCCGAGGACCUCGCAGGGACAGACUGCACGGAUGUGGCUGCCUGUUUGACAGUCAGGUUUUACAGAAAUAACAGGUACAUCAGUCACUACAUAAACUAUGGGAGACAUGAGGGCAACGUAUUCCAUUACAACAACAGCUUGCAGACACUGUCUGUUUCAUAUUCUGUCCUAGAGUACACCCACCCCCUGACAGUAGUACACUACCAUUGUAGCCCCAACAGAUCCACUUCCUUCGCCCAACACUUUGAUAGAGACAUUCCCCUGCAGAUCUGGGUGGAGAGUCCCUGUGCCUGUCCAAACGCCUGUGCCCUGGGGGACGUGGGUCCUGGCACCAUCUUCCUCAUCAUCCUCUCCCUCAGCGCCACUGCCUACUUUAUCCUGGGGUCCUGUGCUCUGCGGCCGUUCAGGACAGGCAGCGGAGUGCAGAUCGCUCCAGAGGAAAGUCUGUGGUGCAUGCUCUGUUACAUGUUCACUGAACGCAGAGGGGAUAGGAGGAGGAGAAGAUACAUCUCCCUGCGAGAGGAAACCCUAUGAAGCGUGGAAGAUAGUAUAAAUGAUGAAUGAGAAAGUGGAAGAUGACACAAAGCUACUGUAUAUGAAAUGACACUGAAGGAAACUUGAGCUUGAGAUAGAUUAUAUUUCCAGUGAUGUGACUGAUAUUCAUGGAGGAGGCAUGAUUUUCUAUCUGUUAUUGAGUGGGUU